AUGAGCGCCGCCGCCGCCGUUCGCCCUCCCGUCGCAGGAAGCCCCCUCCCUCCAACCCUUUCCUGGAUGAGCGCGGCCGCCGUUCUCCCUCCAACCCUUUCCUGGACUCGGAAUUCCAGGAAGAACGGCGGCUUGGCUGCGACGGAGGAGCUGGGCGAUGUUCAUCCAGGGAGAACGAUGAACAUAUUAACCAUUCGCCGCCCUAAUCCCAAACCAUUCGCCGCCCUAAUCCCAAACCAUCGCAUCCCUAAUUUGCGAUGA